AUCGAAACUUGGCCUCCACGCGGACUUGAAAGUUAAUGUUAGUUUAAUCGAAUUUGACGUCCGUCAAUCGUUCUACUAUAAUAUUAAGAUAAAUCCCUUGGUUUUUUAAGGCAUCUUCUCAAAAACCCUAAUAAUAUUCCAUCUUCAGCUCUCCGUUUCCAAACUUGUCGUUAAUCGGAACCCUAACCUUCAAUCACACGCGUCUCCGUCGUAUUCCUCCGUCGAAUCAGAUGGCACCAAAACCACUUACAACUGCCGCAAUUGCAAUGACUGAGAAGAAAAUGGACAUGUCAUUAGAUGAUAUUAUCAAGAUGUCUAAGAAUGGAACCGGUGCUAAUAAAGGCAAGAAGCAAAGGAUUCCUAACAAAAAUCAGAAAUUUUCAAACAAUGUUGUUCAAGAUAAAUCUAUGAGGUUGCGUCGCUUCAUGGACUCGAGGUCUUCCCUUAGACAGGGUGUUCUUGCUCAAAGGAGAUCCAACUUCCAGGGUAACCAAUUCCCUUUGGCAGCUGAGGCUGCUAGAAAGGCUGCAGUUGCUCCUAUUCGCAACAGGAACUUUAAUGGGAACCAGGCAGCGACUUCAUAUAGACCAAGGGGUGUGGCCCGACCAGCUAAGAAUAACAGCAACGGUGGCUUUGCUGUCAAGAAACAAGUGAAAGUGGCGUCAAAGCAAAAGCCUCAGACGCUGGAUUCAUUAUUUGCGAACAUGAAAGAGCAAAGGAUGCAGCAGCAGCAGAAUCAAAAUCAGAAUCGGAACAACAGUGGAAGAAGUGGAGCAGGGCAGCAAAGGCCCCGACCCCCAUGGGCCAGAUAUAACAACUGAUUGAUGAUCUACUUGCUUAUGGAGUAACUUUUCUCGUAUCUGUGCAAAAAGUUGUGUGUUCUGGGUUUUGUUUUUAUCGUUGUUUUUUCUUGUAAUCGAAGGGCAGUUGCUAGUUAAGUUUUCUGUUGGUUUCUAUUGAAUUGAUAGCUAUGUUCAUAUAUGAGUCCUGCUAUAAAACGUGUUUUGUUUUGGUUAAUUUUAGUAAACUUCUGACA